CCAAUCUGGCAACACUGCCUCCGCCCAUACUCGGUGUGUAGACGAAGUGUACACAGUGUGACAGUGGCAUGGGUGAAGAAACGAAGAAACACAAAGGACAACCACAACGUGUUGCAUCGUGACAAUGUCCUCAUUACCGCGUGUGGACCGUAAAACGCCGUGAAGGCGGAUCUUCCUGAAGGUAGAUGUGAACCGGGAGGUUUGCCUUUAAAUCCAGCGCGAUAGUGUCGGCAUUACAGGAAGUGCAACUAGGGGGGGGGGGGGGUCCUAUAUUCCAGCUGAUCUCUUAUGAUCUCCUGUCCAGACGCGGACAGACGGAAGUGAUAUCUGCUGUGCAGUUUCCCGGCUCUGUGCAGACCUCGGCUGUGAAGGGGACCACCUCUCAUCAGGGACACAUGCAUCAGGAAUACGUUGGAAGAAGUCAGUACGGGGACCGCAUCGGUACCCCCCCCUCCCUCAUCCAUCCCCUCGUCGACCUGUAAACCCCGUCCGGGUACGAUCGGCUUCGUGGGAACUGUCAUGAUCCCAGUUUCGGGAUGGCAUCCUUUCCGAGUUUGUCUAGCCAGGUCGUCAGGGCAACAACGGAGGAGGAGAACGGAGAGCUGGACCAGUCGCUCCAGCAGAUGCUGAAGGCGAUCGCCGACGAGCGCAACCGCCUCAACCUCAGACAAGAGAUAAGCGGACUCGGCUGCUUCAAGGACGACCGCAUCGUGUUCUGGACGUGGAUGUUCUCCACGUACUUCAUGGAGAACCGUGCGCCCCGGCAGGACGACAUGCUGUUCUACGUGCGGCGGAAGCUCUCCUACGUCGGCGCGGACAACACCGAGGGCAAGAAGGUCGAGGUGGAGGUGUACAGGCGAGACUCCAAGAAGCUGCCGGGCCUCGGCGACCCCGACAUCGACUGGGAGGAGAGCGUGUACCUCAACCUGAUCCUGCAGAAGCUGGACUAUGUGGUGACCUGCGCUGUGUGCACGCGCUCCGACGCAGGGGACAUACACAUCCACAAGAAGAAAUGUCAGGAAGUGUUCGCCUCACCCAGCAAGCACGCCAUGGACAGCAAAGGGGAGGAGUCAAAGAUGAGCUACCCCAACAUCUUCUUCAUGAUUGACAACUUUGACGAGGUGUUCAGCGACAUGACGGUGGGCGAGGGGGAGAUGGUGUGUGUGGAGCUGGUGGCCAGCGACAAGAACAACACCUUCCAGGGAGUCAUCUUCCAGGGCUCCAUCCGCUACGAGGCCCUGAAGAAGGUCUACGACAACAGGGUCAGCGUGGCGGCCAAGAUGGCGCAGCGCAUGUCGUUUGGCUUCUACAAGUACAACAACAUGGAGUUUGUCCGCAUGAAGGGGCCGCAGGGCAAAGGUCACGCCGAGAUGGCGGUCAGCCGGGUGCCCACGGGGGACACCUCGCCCUGCGGCACCGAGGAGGACCCCGACUCGCCCGUCCACGAGAGGGUGACGUCGUUCAGCACGCCGCCCACCCCGGAGCGCAGCCGGCCGUCCUUCUUCUCGCCGUCGCUGCGACGCAAGGCGCCCCGCAACCGCAUCGCCGAGAUGAAGAAGUCCCACUCGGCCAAUGACAGCGAGGAGUUCUUCAGGGAGGACGACGACGAAGACGACCUCCACAACGCCACCAACCUGCGGUCGCGCUCGCUGUCGGGGACGGGCCGCUCGCUGGUGGGCUCCUGGCUGAAGCUGAACCGCUCCGAGGACUACUUCCUGCUGUACUCCCACCUGACCUACGUCACCCUGCCCAUCCACCGCAUCACCACAGACAUCUUGGAGGUGAGACAGAAGCCCAUCCUGAUGACAUAGCAGAGCCCCGCCCCGGGCCUGGCUACCAAGUGCCUACCUGCAUCAGGGCCGCCUCCUCCUCUCUCCAACAGCACCACCUAGUGGCACAGCACAGAGGACCCCCGACCACCCCGCUUCAACCGACUCAAACACUAACUAAAAACAGGAGAGGACUCGUUCAGAACCCCGAUAACACAAAACCAGCCUCCCAUGAAGUGCCUCUUCCUUCAAAACAGUCCAGCGUGGUCGAGGAACAACGGGGAGUUCGGCUUUUUAUUUCCGAUGCGGACGCGUCGGUUGGUCCUCAGUGCGUCGGAUCACUGCCGCAGCGAAAAGAGACACCGGGAACGGGAUCUGACCAGGAAGGAAUCGUUACAACUUUAAUGAAUGUCUCGUCUACUUUGUAAAUAUACUUCGCUGCUUAUUGAUUUAUCACCGAGCCUUUUUUUAAGAAAAGGUUCCCCUGCUUUUCGGAUACUUUCCGCUCUUUUUCUUAAGGUUUGUUUCGUAUGUUGGUUUUGUAUUUGUCGUCGACUGCUUCGCCGUGUGAUAAAAAGGGAUUUUGUGUGUUUAAGGACUUUGUCUGUUUCUUCCAGAGCACUCCGUUUGUGUGUUAAAGGUAGGGUUAUGGUUCUUCGUCGACGCAACGCAAGGGGGUUUACGGACCUUGCGGACCUUCCUUACGUCCACCGUAAGGCCCUGACGUGCGCCUCCCAAAAAUUGUAACCUUGCGUCGAGCCGACGCAGCAGCAAGGGCAGUGAUUGGUCCGCUAACAUACACCCGACGCAGAACCAAAACAACAUGGUCUUUGCGUUGUGUCAACGUCCAACCAUAACUCUACCUUGCAGUUCUAGCUCCGUUCACCACCAUAGCUCACUUUAGUAUUCCACAGGUGUUAUUUAUAUACAACACAUAUGUGUUCUUUGGGUAUUUUUGAAAAUGACUCAGAAAUUAGUUCAUGUCGAUAAUCCGUAUUUAUUUCCGUCAUGGUGAAAUAUGACGACCUUUCCUACCCAGCAUUGUAUUAUUUUUCAACUAAGCUUAAAAUGUUGUGAUAAAUAUUGUCCUCGCAUUGCUUAGCUUCACUUAGCCAAACAGGUAGAGCAGAACGUUUUUUGGAACGAUUGCAAUUUUUCUUUCAGUUAGACGAAUUAACCCAGUCACCAAACAUCCACAAACCUGGUAACCAUUUAACAUGGGGUAUGCCAUUACAGUUCCUCAUUGGCUGAAAUGCGGCUUCCAGGUGAAUUUCAGCCAAUCAGAUAUCUCCCAUUCUGUGAUUAUUCAUGAUAAUAAGAAUUACGACCUCAAGAUGGAUGUAGCAUGGCCAGAUGAUGGGUUCUGGAAGAGGUCCAGGUGUCGUUCUGUUUUAUACCACAGCUAAGUGCGUCCUGCUCGUAGCCGAGGUCAUUGUGUUCAGGGCAGGACUUGACGGGAAUCCAACUCACUUAGGUCCCUAAAGCCUUAAAAAUCUGACUACUGUAUGUAAAAUGUAUUUUCUCUUUACCCUGAUCUAUAAAAAUGCUUCAUCGUAUAAUUUGCUGGUCUGUAACUUCUCCUGCUCCUCCUUCUAAAUGAAAAUGAAACACUUUCAGCGGCCAAUGCUGAAGAAAGUCCAGUCAGUACUCGUGCUAUUAAAUGAGACAUAUUAUACCAACAGGUGUGGGUGAUUAGCGUUACAAGCGUUUCGAAAAUCUGCCUCUUCUGACAUCACAAGUGGGUUGGUCCACCUAGAUGCAUGACGGAUAGAUAAUCACACUCACACCUGGUGGUGUAAUAUGUCACCUUUUAAUUAUUAAUAGUCAAACAAACGUCUCACCACAGUGAAGGCUUUCAAACGGAGGGUGUGGGACCAGGUGUAAUACCCAAAGUUCAUCAAUUCGAUUUUCACGGUGCUGAUGUUCAAACAGUGGGAGUAACCUCGACCAAUAUACUUUUCCGAGACAAGUCCCAAAGCAGUGUUCAGUGUCUCCAUUGUUUUCACUCACACAGUAUAAGUGUACACAGGGGGUACCUUUCCCAUGUUACGGUAGAGUUGGUCGGACGUUGACGCAACGCAAUGGGGUUUACGGACCCCUUACGCCAUUGGGGACCCUCCUUGCGUUCACCGCAAGGCCCUGACGUGUAACCUUGCAACCUUGAAUCAUGUGAUUGGUCCGCUAACCUUAACCCGACGCAGAACCAAAACAGGUUCACGAAAGCGUCGGAAUGAAUGCGUUUUCCUUUGCCUUGCGUCAACGAGCAACCACACAACCCUACCUUUAGCAGCAGGUUGUUGGGAAGUGGAGGGAUUUUAGUUUUUUAUUCCUUCAGUGUUAUACGAUUGUGUAUCGUUUGUUACAAAAAGGAUGAAUGUACUCACUUUGGUUGUGUAUCAAAGACUGCGUUAACAGCCACUUGACGUGUAUAGAAGCAAGUUUAGUUUUGCACUGUAGAAAAAUAAAAUGCUUUUAGAAAAUCAUUUGUUGGUUGUUUUAGGGCUAUGACAACCUUUGAGUUUAUAACUUUGCUUUAGUUGAUUACUAACACUUAACCUUUUUUAGGUAAUCGUCAUGUAAAAAGUUACUCAAGUUGCAUCAUUUCCAAAACAUUUAGCUGUUCUUAUUUAUUCAAAUACAUUUUAGAAAAGUGUCGUGUUUGUUUUGAUAUUUAUAACCCUGAAAUUAUUUAUAACCCUGAAGAUACUUGUCUUAUCCAUCGCACUUUGUUAUCAUUUUCUAUUGUUAUUUUACCAAGGCAGAAUUGGAAGACGUUUCUUUCUACCCGGUUGGUUAAGCAAAACGGCCAAUUUUACCAAAUAUAACUUCCUGAGGGAUCUGCUUAAACUGACUGCUAUGGUACAAUAAAUGUACAUUCAAUAAUAUACGCAUCAUUCAAAUCCUUUUCAGUCUCGAAAUGAUUUGUUAUGCCGCAUAAAAUACCUUAUUUAUAUCUGGCAUGUAUAAUAUUUUACUUUACUAAAAGAGACAAUCGGUGGAACAUGAACAUCUAUUUAUAUUCUAUACAAACCUAUUGCUAGAAUUUCUAUGAAGACCAAAUAUGUCUUGCAAAAAUACAACUUAAAUGAUUGUUUUAUACAACCUUGUUUACAUCAGCUUUAUUUUAACUCGAUCAGAGCAGAACAAGAAUGCCAACAAAGAUACACUGCCACUCUUCACUUAAGAGAACUAAUAAUUAAUCCUCCUAGUCUUGCUACCUUCUGACAAAUUUAUCAAAUCUAAAAACUAGUCACUCCAUCUCACCAGAUUUGCUCCUUCUAUUUUCUUGUGCAGUACAGAACUCAUUUCGUUGUCUGACAACACAAAUUAUGGUUCUUCUACUUUGACAUACCAGUGCCCAAGAUUAACAUGCGAGCAACCAGGCGUUUUAUUUAUGCGACUGAUAUAGUAAUGCAUCAAUGAGUAAUUUGGGCAAAAUUAGCAAUUUCUCACCUUGGCUAGACGAGUCUACUAACCCGCGCUGGUACAUUCACAGCAGAAAGACACCAGGGAAUCGUUAUGGAGUCACCCGUGUUAGUCCUGCAAAGAUAGAUAGAAAGAUUUAUCAAGACGAUGUUAGAAGUUUGAAGGAUGUGGGAUUCAGGUUUCUGAUAAUAAUUGUAAUCCUGGGAUAUGAAAUUCAUUUGCUCUCUACCUUGUUGGGGGCGUUAACAGCUAUUCCCGUUUCAUAAUUCUUUACAGAGAUCCCAUUUUCAGAUCUCACCAGUUUAUAUCUGAAUUUCUUUUAAAUAAUUAGCAUAUU